CUCUUGACCAACAGGUCAAUCAUCGACCCGAUUUUCUCCUCUCUAGGCUUGAAAGAUACAAUAGAAACAUUUGAAUCUGCAAUGUGCAAUGUUAUUCCUGCCAUUACUUUAAUAAUGGCCUGGAUGUACAAGCUUGAGAUGAUGAAUCUUAAAAGUCCCCGCAGCCUGGCCAAGCUAAUUGGUACCAUUGCCACAUUUGGUGGUAUACUGAUAAUGAUUCUGGUACAGGGCCUUGUGUUUGAACUUUGGACAAAAGGAAAGCCUAAUAAUGCAUCUCAAAGUGGUGGGAUAAACCCAAAUUCAAAUCAUUUUAUUAAAGGUUAUUUUCUGCUAAUUAGUAGGUGCUUGAGUUCGGCAGGUUUCAUAGUUUUGCUGGUAAAGAUAGAACUUAGUUACAGAACCUAUCCUGUCGGAAUCUCCCUCACGACAUGGAUAUGCUUUCUUGGGACAAUUGAGGGAGGUAUAGUAGCAGCGGUGAUGGAAAGAAGAAAGACUGCAGUGUGGAGCAUUCAUUGGGAUGCAAAGUUGCUUGCGAUCGUGUACAAUGAGAUAUGUUGUUCAGGACUAACUUAUUACAUACAAGGAUUCAUAAUGAAAUACAGGGGUCUUGUAUUCCUGACAACGUUCAAUCCCUUAAACAUGGUUAUGGUACCUGUAACCAGUACAUUACUUCUCCAUGCUCAAAUGAACCUCGGAAGGAUACUUGGUGCUACUGUGAUUGUGUUAGGCCUUUACAAUGUUCUUUGGGGCAAAAAUAAGGAUAACAGAUUUGCAACAGAGGAACUAGCACCAACAGGUGAGGUCGGGAGGAGAUUUCGGGGCUUAUAAAGAUUUCAUGGGCUCCUAGGAUUGCCCUUAGGGAAUUUAAAGGGUACAAAAUGGAAAUCAACCAACAACUCAAUAAACAUCCUUGGAAUCUCCUCCCAGUCUCUCCUUCUCUUGGUCUUCUUCAGGAUCUACAUCCUCAUGACGAUACUCCAGCUCCUCUUCCUGAUCCUCCGGUUCUUCUUUUGAUUCAAUCUGUAUGUACUCCAUUAUCUGAUUGUCAUCAUCAGGCUGUGGCAGCAUAUGAUCAAUCGAUCCUGGGACUACAUGGUAGAGCUGACAAGGUAGUGAGAUGGAAUCUCGUGGUAUACUUGUAAAAUUCCUCACAACUAUAGUGAGUUUGUUCUCAUCACAACUCUUCCUCCCACAACUAUAAGUAAGGGUUUUCAUAACCCAGAGAAGACACCAGAAGUUAUAACAAGAAGCAAGAGAGAGCUCGUGGAUCAAACGCAACAAAUUUCUCUACAAGUUUCCAGCUUCAAGCAAUCAAGUUCAAGCUCAAGAACGAACAACUUAAGCUCAAGAAAUCAAGUUCAACCUCAAGAACGAAGAGCAAGUCAAGAUUCAAGGAGUACGAGUUCGAAUCAAAGUUUGUGCUAAUUGAAUUCAAGAUCAUCGUUCGUGGAAACAAAUAUAGAUUCAAGAUCAAGCUCAAAGGCCCUUGAAUUUAUUAACUAUUGGAAAGAAGAAUCAUAGGAUUCAUAGAGAUUGUACACUCAAAUAUUCGUAAUCUAAUACUACGAUUGUUCCCGGUGGGACAAUAUCUA